AUGACCUGGUCUAAGUGCUUAUGUACACUUGCAUAUUCCACCAGACUCGAAGCUUAUCUCCCGCAGUUCAUCACUGCUGCUCGUGCAUCACCUGUCGCAAAACAGAAAGACUUCACGAUGGACAAUUCAGGCACCCUCGGUAGCGCAAGGCCUCCGAAGCGUGCUCGCCUCUCACUCCAGGACUUCAAAUGCACACCCAAAAUUCACCAUCAAGACGCCGCAUCUUAUCAGCAGAUCGAUGGUUCUGGCGACUACUACCAGCAAGGCUGUACACAUGAAGCCAGGCCUAGCAUCAUCCAGCCUUCGCUCCCACACACGCACUCUCAAUCCCAACCCAUUCGUCCCCAGCACCAUCAAGCAGUCACGCAAGUUUCUUCUCGCCCACCCUACCGCAAGCCAGAAAGCGCAGUCACCGAUAUUCUACCUUACUGCACCACCGAACCGCCACUGAAACAAGAGCAAGUCAUCGCGCUGAGCGACGUCGUGGGAAGCGUCGGCGAACUUGUCCUUCUCGCGCUCAGCGCUGCAAGUGGUGAUCGUGAAUGUGCGGAGGUAAUGGAGAGCGCAGUGGGCGCAGCGACAGCGAGUAGUAUCGUCGAUUUCUUCACCGAGGAGUGGGAGGUCGAGUGA